CCAGUCCACUUCUUCAGGCAGCGACAAAAAGAUUAAGCUGCAACUUGUAUAAUCUCUCUCAACAAGCACAUUUCUUCAUGUUUUGCGCCUAAAUUCAUCAUCCCUUUCUCCAGAAUUCUCUUUGGUCACCGCUUGAUUCGAGUCUCGUCAUCUCUCCCUUGCGAACCCUUGAUUUUCUCUAAUCUUUCCAAUAAUAGACAGUUUCGUGUACAGGCUGUCUUCCAUACCACAUAUAAUACCUCUGGUCGACCUUCUCGCUUGAUGGCUUCUGCAGCAAUUGAUACAAAAACUAAUCUUUCAACACAAUCUCUUUCCACCGAUGACCCAGUCAUUUCUGUUGAUUGGCUUCAUGCUAAUCUAAGGGAGCCUGAUCUGAAGGUACUGGAUGCGUCAUGGUACAUGCCAGAUGAGCAGAGGAAUCCAAUUCAAGAGUAUCAGCAGGUUGCUCACAUUCCCGGUGCCCUUUUCUUUGAUAUUGAUGGAAUUGUAGAUAGAACUACAGAGUUGCCACAUAUGCUGCCAUCCGAGGAUGCUUUUGCGGCUGCUGUGUCUUCUCUUGGCAUCCAGAAUAAUGAUGGGCUGGUUGUUUAUGAUGGAAAGGGGAUUUUCAGUGCAGCACGUGUAUGGUGGAUGUUCCGAGCUUUUGGGCAUGAAAGAGUGUGGGUGUUAGAUGGAGGCCUCCCAAGGUGGCGUGCAUCAGGGUACAAUGUUGAAUCUAGUGCUUCUAGUGAUGCUAUUUUGAAAGCCAGUGAGGCAAUAGAGAAAGUCUAUCAGGGACAAACUGUUGGACCACUGACAUUUCAGACAAAGUUUCAGCUACAUCUUGUCUGGACUCUUGACAAGAUUAGAAGAAACAUUGAGGAAAAGACUCAUCAACAUAUAGAUGCCCGUUCCAAGCCCAGAUUUGAUGGUGUUGCACCUGAACCUCGUAAAGGAAUUAUAAGUGGGCAUAUACCUGGCAGCAAGUGUAUUCCUUUUCCACAGAUGUUAGAUGCUUCCCAGACACUUCUACCUGCUGACGAGCUCAAGAAACGAUUUAAUGAAGAGGGCAUCUCCUUGGAACGGCCUAUUGUAACUUCUUGCGGCACUGGUGUAACUGCUUGUAUUCUGACAUUGGGCCUCCAUCGACUUGGGAAGACUGAUGUUGCUGUAUAUGAUGGAUCUUGGACGGAAUGGGUUGUGCAGUCCGACACACCUGCCGACGUGCAAAGCAAUCAAAGAAACUGAGAACUGUCGAGCUUAUGAUCAGGCCAGUUUCAGUAGAGAUACAGGGACAUGAAAAUGGGUUGUAUCUAGAAAAGCCUCAAGUGUUAUUCUAGCUAUUUAUGAAUUCCAAUAUGAACCUUACUGUGUGGUGACCCUUCAGAAUAUCAGAAACUUCGUUUGACAACGGAAGUGUUGAAUUGUGAUAGUGUGUUUAUGGUUUUAUGGAAUAUGUCAGCUGUUUUUA